AUGUCGCAGGUGCUCGAGGAUGACGAUCUGUCUCGUCUCUCCGAGGCAGCCAACAUGGACUCGGAGGACAUUGUCAACAUCCUUGUCAAGCGCUUUGAGCGACGCCCACACGGGCAGCCAUACACCAACAUUGGCUCGCGUGUGCUAAUCGCAAUGAACCCGUUCGAGGUCCAGGAGACCAGCUCCGACGACGGUGCCAUGCGCUACGCCGACGACUACCGCGAUAUGUCGCCGGAAAGACCCGAGUUGCCACCGCAUGUGUUCAAGACUGCCGAGCAGGCGUACCUGCAUAUGCGGCAGACUGGGCUGAACCAGAGCCUCAUUUUCAUCGGCGAGUCGGGCAGUGGAACCACGGAGCAGCGGCGGCUGGCGUUCCGGUUCUUCUCGCUGCUGCGGUCGCACUCGAAGAAGGACGUGAAGCUGUUUGCGCGGCUGCAGCAGGCAGACCAGGUGCUCGAGGCGUUCUCCAGCGCGCGCACCAUGGCGCACGGCAACGCUUCGCGCGUGGGCAUCUAUUCGGAGCUGCAGUUCGACCAGCGCGGGCGCGCAGUGGGAGCCAAGACAUUGACGUACCUGCUAGAAAAGGCGCGCGUAACCGACGUGCCUGCCGACGAGCGCAACUUCCACGUGCUGUACUACCUGGCCAACGGCGCAUCGGCCGAGGAGCGCGUGUCGUUCGGGAUCCCGCAGGAUAUUGCUGCGUUCGAGUACCUGAGCCGUGCGGCUGGCGGGCACCAGCGCGCGGCGCAUGUGGGUGAUAUCGAGCAGUUCAGCGAUCUGUGCUCGGCUAUGAAGCACGUUGGACUGCAUAAGCGGUACCAGCGACAUGUAUUCGCGGUGCUGGGCGCCAUUCUGUGCCUUGGUAAUCUGAUGUUUGUGUACGAGAGUCAGAACGGAUUCGACUCGGCGGUGGUGCGCAACACGGACCUGCUGCAGCAGGUCAGCAAGGUGCUGGGCGUCGAUCCGAUUUCGCUGGAGACGGCGCUGACCAACAAGACUCAGAGCGUGGCAAAUGAAUCGUGCACUGUCUACCUGGAUGCUGUGGGCGCAGCGCAGCGCCGUGACGAGCUGGCGCGUGCGCUGUACUCGCUGCUGUUCAACUGGGUGGCGGAGUUCAUUAACGCUCGGUUCUGCCGCGACGACAGCGAGCGCGAGAGCUUCAUUGGCAUGCUGGACUUUCCUGGGUGGCACACGCAGCGACGCAACGGCUACGAGCAGCUGUGCACCAACUACGCCAACGAGCGCAUCCAGCACUUCAUGUUCCACCAGGUCUUCGAGGUUGGCAAUGACGAGUACAAGGCCGAGCGCAUUGCCGCCAGCAUCCCUAGCGUCGAGUUUCCGGAUCGCACGCUGUGCCUGGACCUGUUUAUGAAGCCAAAGACCGGCCUGUUCUCGAUCAUGGACCGGCAGGCCGCCGAGCUGAUGGGCCGCAAGCCGCAGAAGAAGCGCAACCGGCGCGACUCAGCUAGCUCAGUGGCACCCGAGUUCGACCCGGAGGCGACAGGGCGCGUGGCGACAUUCCAGCUGCUCAGUGCCUUCAAUAAGCACCACUCGGGUAAGGCCAGCGAGCGCAACCCGCACUACCAGUCGAUCGAGAGCAAGAACGAGAUGAACUCGUUCACCGUGUCGCAUUUCUGGGGUCACGCAACCUACGACAUUGAGGGCUUUGUCGACAAGAACCUGGACCAACUCAGCUCCGACUUUGUCGCCGUGUUCCGCGGCGAUGGUACUGCCGAGAACGCGGGAACACGCAACGGCUUUGUGUCUGGGCUGUUCACCGACAAGUCCAUUGCCACCGAGGUGCACCCGCGCAACGAGAAGACAAUCGUGCAGGCCCAGGCGCUCAAUGUGCCGAUGCGGGCGCCGUCGAUGAUGCGCGCCAAGAGCAAGCUGCCGGCGUCGCGGCUCAAGAAGAUCGGCUGCCUGGCAACGCAGUUCAGCCGCGCCAUGUCUGAGCUCAUGGCCACGCUGGACGACACGCUACCGUGGUUCGUAGUCUGCAUCAAGUCCAAUGACCAGGGCAAGCCCAAGUGGGCCGAUGCCCGCAAGGUGCUGGGUACUGUCAAGGGCUUUGCCCUCGACGACGCUGUCCGCCGCAAGCGCGUCGAGUAUGCCGCCGCCAUGCUGCCCACCGAUUUCUGCGACCGCUACGGCGCUGUCAUCAGCGAGCAUGUGCCCACAGCCGCUGGCAAGCAUGGCGAUCCGCGUGAAAAGUGCCAGGCACUGAAAUUGGCCAUGGGCCUGGACGAUGCCAGCAUGAUGGUUGGCGCAUCCAAGGUCUUCCUGGACUUUGCCACCUGGCGCCGCAUUGACGACCCGGUGCGUGCCCACGAGCGUGGCGCCCGCAACCUGCAGGACACCGGAGAUCUUAGCGACUGGGCCGAGCAGCGCGGGCCGGACGACGCCAAGGAGGGCAAUGUCGGUGUCAGCUUCAAUGUCGAUCCCAAGGACGAUGCGUAUGCGCGCGCCCUCAAGGACCGCGUCGACAACGACACCCGCUCGUUCUACUCGGACGACGAGGCCUACCAGGAUCUUCUCGGCAAGGACGGCUUCUCUGACAUCCUCAGCGAGGGUGGCUUCCAGGCUGGGUUCUCCGAUGUGCUGAGCAAUGGCGACGCCGACGAGCAAAAGGAGAGCUUUGAGGACCAAGAGGACAACGCCCAUUCGAUGACCCUGGUGCGCCGUGUGUGGCUGGGUGUCGUUGCCUUCAUGACCUGGAUGGUUCCAAACAAAUGCAUUGCUACCUGCGCCGGUCGCAAGCGCAAGGACGAGCAGGUCGCGUGGCGCGAGAAGCUGACCCUGUGUCUGCUCAUCUUCUGGAGCUGCGCCUUUGUGAUCUUUUGGAUCUGCGGCCUGGGCCUGCUGCUGUGCCCCCACCAGAAUGUUUACUCUAUCGAGGAGCUCGCUGACCACAGCACCGAGAAGGACGCCCUGAUUGCCAUCCGCGGCGAGGUCUUUGACAUCAAGAACUUCAACCACAUGAACAUCGCCAACAAGUACAUUGUCGAUCACAACUACCUGGGCCGCGACCAGUCCGACAUCUUCCCGCUGCAGCUGUCGUUCGUGUGUCCCUUCGAGAACAUGGACCCGCGCCUGUCCACUCAGCCUAAACCGGUUCUGUACUCCGAGGCAUACUUCCACGACCAGCGCUGGUGGCGUCACCCGACCGACAAGGGCUUCAACUACUACCAGUACCGUCUGAUGCGCAUCAUGCGCGAGCAGUACGCCAAGGGCCACAUUGCCGUUGACCCGAAGCUGAUCAGGGACCAGGCUGCUGGAAACGCCAAGGGCCAGAAUGACGGCAAGAACCUGAUCCGCUGCAUCAUCAACGAGGAGGUCUUCGAUCUAACCGACUAUAUUAGCGCCAAUGGCGCCCCGUACGUUGUGGUUCCGGAUGGUAUGAGCAACUCGAGCAGCUUCAACCGCCAGUUCCUGGACUCCAACGUCGUCACCAUGUUCGAAGAGAACAAGGGCAAGGACAUUACCGACAAGUGGAAUGCCUAUUUCAGCAGAGAUCCCAACAUGCGCAACCUGCACUACCAGUGCCUGCGCGGUGCCUUCUAUGUCGGCAAGGUCGAUUUCCGCAAGUCUGCACGCUGCUAUGCCGCCAACUACCUGCUCCUGGCCGGUUCAAUCGCCCUGGUCUCUGUCAUCUUCUUCAAGUUCAUUGCCGCGCUGCAGCUUGGCAGCCGCCGCGAGCCCGAGCCUGGCGACAAGUUCGUUCUGAUGAAUGUGCCGUGCUAUACCGAGGGCGAGGAGUCGCUGAAGAACACCAUUGACUCCUUGGCCAGGACCAAGUACGACGACAAGCGCAAGCUGCUGUUCAUUGUGUGCGACGGCAUGAUCAUGGGCUCGGGCAACGACCGCCCGACCCCGCGCAUUGUCUUGGAUAUCCUGGGCGUUGACCGUGAUCAGGACACCGAGGCCCUCAGCUACAUUGCUUUGGGCGAGGGGUCCAAGCAGCACAAUAUGGCCAAGGUCUACUCCGGCUUGUACGAGAUCGCUGGGCACGUCGUCCCCUACCUGGUUGUUGCCAAGUGCGGCACCCCGCAGGAGCGCACGCGUCCUGGAAACCGUGGCAAGCGUGACUCGCAGAUCAUGCUGAUGGGCUUCUUCAACAAGGUGCACUUUGAUCUGCCGAUGACGCCGCUUGAGCUCGAGAUGUACCACCAGAUCAAGAACGUCAUUGGUGUGGCACCGUCGCUGUACGAAUAUGUACUCAUGAUCGAUGCCGAUACCGUGGUGCUGCCGGACUCACUGAACCGGAUGAUCCGCACUAUGCUGCACGACGUCAAGGUCAUGGGCCUGUGCGGCGAGACCAGGCUGGCCAACGCCAAGAGUUCGUGGAUCACCAUGAUGCAGGUCUACGAGUACUUCAUUUCGCACCACCUGACCAAGGCCUUUGAGUCGCUGUUCGGCUCCGUCACCUGUCUCCCUGGCUGCUUCUGCAUGUACCGUAUACGCUCAGCCGACGGCCGCCCCCUGCUGAUUUCCAAGGAGGUCAUCCAUGACUACUCGGAGAACAUCGUUGACACGCUGCACAAGAAGAACCUGCUGCACCUCGGCGAGGAUCGUUAUCUGACCACCCUGAUGCUGAAGCACUUCCCGUACUUUAAGAACAAGUUCAACGCCGAGGCGCAGUGCCUGACGAAUGCGCCGGACUCGUGGAGCGUGCUGAUGUCGCAGCGCCGUCGCUGGAUCAACUCGACUGUGCACAACCUGUUUGAGCUCGUAUUCCUGCCGCAAAUGUGCGGAUUCUGCUGCUUUUCGAUGCGCUUCGUUGUCUUCAUCGACCUGAUCUCGACCAUCAUCAUGCCUGCGACGCUUGUGUACUUGGCGUACCUCGUGUACCAGCUAACCAACCCCGACUCGACAACCUCGUACAUCUCGCUGUACCUUUUGGCUGGCAUCUACGGUAUGCAGGCACUGAUCUUCAUCCUGAAGCGCCAGUGGCAGCAUAUCGGCUGGAUGAUCGUGUACAUCAUUGCCAUCCCGUUCUUUACCUUUAUCCUGCCUGUCUACUCGUUCUGGCAUUUCGAUGACUUUUCGUGGGGCAAUACUCGUGUCGUGGUCGGCGAGUCCGGUCGCAAGCAUGUGUAUAUGGUCGAUAACGAAAAGUUCGACACGACGACAAUCCCGCAGCGCAAGUGGACCGACUACGAGCAGGAGCUGAUGUGGGAGGCUGGCACGCCGUCGCAGCAAGGCGGCUCCGAGAUGGGCUCCCGGCUCGACCACGUCAUGUCAGGACGCCCCGGAUCUGCCAUUGGCAACUUCCCAAAGUCCAUGAGUGGCGUGUACAACAGCGCCACAAUGCCUGGCGCCUACGCAGCCUCCAAGACGGGAUCGGUGUACAUGGAUGCCGGGUACGGCUAUAACUCGAACUCGGCCGCCAACAUGACCAUCCGCAGCAACAUGCCGCUAGUCGACAACAUGGCGAAUUCCGGGCGCAUGACACCAGGUGGCACCAGUCCGCCAGCGCACAUGUAUAGCGGCGACACGUACGAUGUCAUGAGCUAUGCGGCAGCGAGCUCACCGCCACUCGACUAUUCUGCAGCGUUUGCAAGCCAGCACCAGCCAAUGCAGCAGUCGCUGAUGCAGGUCCAGCCGCAGCAGUUCAUGCAGCAGAUGCCACCCGGCUACGAUCCGCGUGUGAGCCAGCUGAUGACCUCGCAAAGCAGCCCGAUGCCGCAGCAGCAGCCAGCGCAGCGCAUGCCAUCGCCGAUCGUGGGCGGCAUGCCAGGCGAUUCCGCCAUGUACGCCGGCACAGUCUAUGGCCAGAAUGCAGGCACAAUGAUGCCGGGCGAUGUGCAGCAGUUCAAUACUGUUGCGUCGGCGCGCUCGGCCGGCCCAGUGACAGAUGAGAUGAUUGCAUUGCAGGUGGCACAUGUGUUCAGCAUGGCCGACCUGCAGACGUCGACGAAGAAGCAGGUGCGCGAGCAGGUGGCCAGGGACCUCGGAAUGACUGCUGAUGAGCUCAAGGCACGCAAGGAGUUCAUUAACUCGUGCAUUUCCAGCGAGCUGGUCAAGCGCGGUGGUGCCUAG